AUGGGAGAAUUGGAGGCUUCGCGGCUUCCGCCACCUCAGCUGACGACUCCGCCGCUCCCGCCUGCGUCACGGGCGCUCCUAACGCUGCCGCCGCUGCCGGUCCGGUCUCGUGCACCGGGCGGGCGCUUCUCACCGCCGCCGUCGCCGCCGCCGUGUUUCUCCGCGGUGCUGGAACCGAUGGACGCUGAGGCUGCCAUCACGCCGCCGCCGCUGUCGCCCGUGGAGGUCGUUGCUCCGCCUCCUCAUCCGAGCAUACCCAGUGGAGAUUUGGUCCGCGGCGGGUUCCAGCCGCGCCUUCCGACUUCGCUGCCGCCCCCAGUGCAGCAGCAGCAGCCGUCGCCGCUACCACGCCGACAGCCCGUCCCGUUGAUGCCCCCCGCGCAGCUUCAUCCGGGAGCGCCCCAGGUGGUCGCUCCGGCGCCUGCGGUCCCUCUUCAGUCGCCACCGCCUUCGGAGCUGAUGGACGUCGACCCCUCAGCCGGGCCGCCUUCCCAAGCGGUGGCUGUGCAGCCUGUCCUGCAGCCGCUUUCCUUGGGCACCCCCAAGGAGUCUGACACCGCAGCGCCUUGUCCGGCGCCCACUCGGCAGCCGUCGACGCAGCGUCAGGAGACGCUGCCUCUCUUCGUGGGUCCCGACGCCCCGUCGCGUCCAGUACCAGAAGCUGCGCCCGUGGUCACAGGCGUGCAUCCUGACCUCGGUUUUCGGUCGGUGUUUCCCGAGGCCCCGCGCAGCCAAUGCUGGGGUGUGGACCGGGGACUGCCACCGACAACAGUCUCCGCCCUGGUCUCUUCUGCUACGCCUGCGGCCAGACGCCUCCCCCGCCGUCGACGCUCGCCACGUCAUUAUUCAACGACGGUGCGGCGAUUUGGGGGGGGAGGAGUGUUAUAUCCCAGCCAGUAA